GUUGGAUUGAAAACAACAACAGAAUGCUCUUCUUCCUUUCCGAGAAAAAAAAAAAAAAAAAAAAGAAAAAGAAAGGAUUCCGAUCAAAACAUCUUUGUUUGAAUGCAUGUUAGUGCUUUGUACUGCAAAUAAUCUUUUUACACUUGCUUCUCAAUGUUGAUAUAUAAGAGGACUUAAGUGGUAGAGAUAUAGUUGUGAAAGCUUGGUAAAAGAAAAAUGAUGCAAGGGGAAACGUCAAGAGAGAGAAAGAGAAAUCCCACUGAUCCUUUCACUGAUACUGUGUUUUCUUGGUCAGUGGAAGACAUUUCCAAUGAAAAUCUUUAUAAAGACAAGGUUGAGAAGAUUCCUGAAACAUUUCAAUCUGUUAAGCAUUAUUUGGGGUCUUAUGUCUACCCUUUAUUGGAAGAAACUCGAGCAGAGUUGUACUCGAGUAUGGAGAUCCUGUAUAGUGCACCUUUUGCUGAGGUGGUAGCUUUCGACGAGUCUAAGCCUUACGGAUCAAAAGUAUAUCAAGUUACAGUUGAUUACUGGAGGAACAGAUCCAAUGAUCGUAGCAAAGUGCCUUAUAAAACUUUGCCCGGUGAUCUCUUAGUUCUAGCAAAUGCUAAACCAGAAACGUUGUCCGACUUGGAUAGGAUGGGCAGGUCAUGGACCUUUUUAUCAGUCACUAAUAUCACGGAGGAUGAAAACGAGGAUGAUGUUUGCUCUACUUAUUUCAAAGUCAAGGCAUCAAAGGCCUUUGAACUUGUGUUUGAGACGCAGACAUCGCUCUUUGUUGUUUUUGUGGCCAACAUGACGACUCCGAGGAGAAUAUGGCAAGCCUUGGAUAUGUCCAGCAAUCAGAUGAUUCUGAAUGAUGCUUUAUGCAUUAAUUCUGAGGAUCAGAAAAAUUGUAAUUCAUGUUCUGAACUUGGUGAAGACUCGUUGGAUGAGAAAUUGGUAGAGUUAUUAUCUUCUAAUCUGAAUGGGUCUCAGACUGGUGCAAUUCUUUCGUGUCUUCACAUGUUGCACUGCAAGAAGAAAACUAGUUUUGAACUUAUAUGGGGACCGCCUGGGACAGGAAAAACGAAAACCACGGCUACUCUCCUUGUUGCCUUCUUGAGAAUGAAGUAUAGAACAGUUGUUUGCGCCCCAACAAAUGUUGCGAUAACUGGAGUGGCUUCUCGUGUCCUGAAGAUUGUGUCAGAUACAGAGGCUGAUACCUUGUUUUCUUCCCUGGGAGAAUUUCUUCUGUUUGGAAAUAAGGAUAGGCUUAAAGUUGGGUUAGAUAUACAAGAGAUAUAUUUGGAUUACCGAGUCAAAAGGCUUGUAGAGUGCUUUGGACCCCUUGGUUGGAAUCAUUCCUUCACUUCUAUGAUACAUUUUCUUGAAGACUGCAUUUCUAAGUACCAUAUUUUCCUGGAAAAUGAGUUGAUCAAAGAGAGAGAACUGAGCUCUGAAAGUGAAAUGAAAGACGAGGGAUGCGAGGAGAAAGUCGAAUCAUUUCUUGAAUAUGUGAGAAAGAUAUUUGUUUGUACUGUCACACCACUUAGAAGUUGCAUUUCCAUCUUCUGUACACACAUACCUAAAAGCUACAUUUUGGAACAGAACUUUCAGAACAUGAUGUCCCUCAUGGGGUUACUUGAUUGUUUCGAGUCAUCAUUGUUUCGAGAUAAUGUUGUUUCUGAAGAGCUGGAAGAGCUUUUUUCUCGUUCUGAAGUAACUGAAGGUCCUUAUUCAGCUGUGGAUGAAACGUCCUUACUAUUAAUGAGAAAGGCUUGCCUUUCUGUAUUGAGAACUCUUCAUUGCUCCCUAAAAGAAAUUGGCCUUCCAAACUUUAGGGAUGAACAAAAUAUAAUGAAGUUCUGUUUUCAAAGAGCUUCAUUAAUAUUUUGCACCACGUCUAGUUCUUAUAAGCUGCAUCAAAUGGAAAUUGAUCCGCUUAAUAUUUUGGUUAUUGAUGAAGCUGCACAGCUCAAAGAGUGCGAGUCAACCAUACCUCUUCAACUUCCAGGUAUAAAGCAUGCAGUUCUUGUUGGUGAUGAAUGCCAAUUACCAGCAACUGUUACUAGCAAAAUUUCUGGGGAAGCUGGUUUUGGAAGAAGUUUGUUCGAGAGGUUGAGCUCACUAAAUCAUUCAAAGCGCCUGCUAAAUAUGCAAUACAGAAUGCAUCCGGCUAUAAGUUCGUUCCCUAAUUCACAAUUCUAUCAUAACCAGAUUCAGAAUGCACCUAUAGUUAAAAGAAAGAGCUAUGAAAAGCGCUAUUUGUCAGGACCAAUGUUUGGUCCUUAUUCUUUUUUGAAUGUUAUUGGUGGAAGCGAGGAAAAGGAUGAUGAUGGACAUAGUCGGAAAAAUUGGGUUGAGGUUGCUAUUGUAUUGAAAAUAGUACAGAGUCUCCACAAAGCAUGGCGUGAGUCACAACAUGAACUCAGUGUUGGUGUCGUGUCUCCCUACUCUGCUCAAGUAGUUGCAAUUCAGGAAAAACUUGGGAAAAAGUAUGAGAAAAUUGAUGGCUUUCAAGUGAAGGUAAGGACAGUUGAUGGGUUUCAAGGUGGAGAGGAAGACAUAAUAAUAAUGUCUACUGUAAGAUCUCAUAUUGUUGGUUCACUUGAAUUCAUAUCAAGGCCUCAGAGAAUUAAUGUUGCUCUCACAAGAGCUAGGCAUUCUCUGUGGAUACUUGGUAAUGAAAGAACCCUUUCUGGUAGUCAAUCGGUUUGGGGGGCUCUGGUCGUUGAUGCAAAAAAUCGUGGCUGUUUCUUCAAUGUUGAUGAUGACAAAGAUUUGGCAAAGGCUAUAAUAGAGGUCAAGAAAGAACUUGAUCAAUUUGAUGACUUGCUGAAUGCUGAUAGUAUACUUUUCAAGAGUUCUAAGUGGAAGGUUCUUUUCAGUGAUAACUUUCUCAAGUCAUUUAAAAAAUUGACGUCAAUCCGGAGAAAGAAGUCAGUUUUAAGCCUUCUACUUAAGCUUUCUGAUGGUUGGAGGCCCAAGAGGCCGAUUGUUGACUCAGUUGGUGGAAGUUCUUUGGAUAUCAUGAAAUUUAAGGUUGAAGGCCUGUUUGUAAUUUCUACUGUAGACAUCACAAAGGAUUCAAAAUACAUACAAGUGUUGAAAAUCUGGGAUGUCUUGCCCCCAGAUGAGAUCCCAAAAUUGAUAAAGCGCCUUGACAGUAUUUUUGGGAAGUAUACAGAUGAUUUCAUCAACCUCUGCAAUGAAAAAUCUUUUGACGGAAAAUUGGAAAAUCCAAAGAGUUGGCCACCAUCUUUGGCUGUUAUCCGCUUUAAGGAUCUCAGCUGUAAUGAAGCUGGGAGUGAUUUAGUUGGCACUGCUUCUGAUGGUAGAAAUUUUGUUGAGAACUCAAAGGUCAGCGAGAGUUUGUUGCUGAUGAAAUUCUACUCCUUGUCCCAUGCUGCAGUCAACCACUUGUUAUCUAAUCGUGAUGAAAGUGAAAUUGAUCUCCCAUUUGAAGUGAAUGACGAAGAAAUGGAGAUCAUCCUUUAUCGCCAAAGCACAUUUAUACUGGGACGGUCAGGCACUGGGAAAACUACCGUUUUGACUAAGAAGUUAUUUCAGAAAGAACAAUUGCACCACUUGGCUAUGGAGGAAUUUUAUGGAGCUAAUGCUAAUGUAAUUGGACAUGAUAUGAAGAACAGUGUGGAGAAGAAUAGCUCAGAAGAGACUAGGACCAUUGUUUUACGUCAGCUUUUUGUUACAGUUAGUCCUAAGUUAUGUAAUGCUGUCAAGCAACAUGUUUCCCACUUGAAAAGUUUUGCUUGUGGUGGAAGCCAUCCAGAUGAAAGUAAUUUGGUUGAUAUAGCUGAUUUAGAUGAUGAAGAAGGACACAUCCCUGAUUCCUUUUUUGAAAUCAUGCCCGAUUCUUACCCUCUUGUCAUAACAUUCCACAAGUUCUUAAUGAUGCUCGAUGGAACAUUGAGUAAAUCCUAUUUUGAAAGAUUCCCUGAUAUGGAAAAGCUUUCUCAUGGUCAAAGGCAAAGCUCAAGAUCAGUCCGGCUUCAGACAUUCCUAAGGACCAAAGAAGUUCACUACGAGAAGUUUGUUAUAUCAUAUUGGCCUCACUUUGAUUCCAAGUUAACAAAGAAGCUUGAUCCUUCUAGAGUUUUCACUGAGAUAAUUUCGCACAUUAAAGGUGGCUUGCAAGCCAUUGAAACAAGCAACCUUAGGCUAAGUUGUGAAGAAUAUGUUUCGCUGUCUGAGGGACGUUCGUCCACUUUAACGAGGGAACAAAGAGAAAGGAUAUAUGAUAUAUUUCAGGUUUACGAAAAGAUGAAGAUGGGAACUGGUGAUUUUGAUCUGGCUGAUUUUGUAAACGAUCUUCAUUGUCGGCUCAAACAUGAAAGAUAUGAAGCUGAUCAGAUGGAUUUUGUAUAUAUUGAUGAGGUGCAAGAUCUUACAAUGAGUCAAAUUGCUUUGUUUAAACAUGUAUGCGGCAAUGUUGAAGAAGGUUUUGUUUUUUCUGGGGAUACUGCACAAACAAUUGCAAGGGGAAUUGAUUUCAGGUUCCAAGAUAUACGUCAUCUAUUCUACAAGAAGUUUGUAUUAGAAUGUCAGGGUGAAGAUGGAGAAAGAAAAGACAAAGGAAGAAUCUCUGAUAUUUUCCAUUUGACUCAAAACUUCCGUACUCAUGCUGGUAUUCUGAAGUUGUCACAGAGCAUUAUUGAACUUCUUUAUCAUUUCUUUCCUCAAUCCAUUGAUCCUUUAAAACCAGAAACCAGUUGGAUAUAUGGAGAAGCUCCAGUCUUGCUUGAGUCCGGGGAUAAUGAAAAUGCAAUCAUAAAGAUAUUUGGAAAUAGUGGAAACAAGAGUCGAGAUAUUGUUGGUUUUGGCGCAGAGCAAGUGAUUUUAGUAAGAGAUGAUGAUGCUCGGAAGGAAAUUUCGGAUCAUGUUGGGAAGCAAGCUCUUCUCCUAACCAUAUUGGAAUGCAAAGGUCUUGAGUUUCAGGAUGUAUUACUGUACAACUUUUUUGAAUCCUCCCCUCUAAAGAAUCAGUGGAGAUUGAUAUACGAGUACAUGAAGGAGCAAGAUUUGUUCGGCUCCACGGCACCUAAGUCUCCAAAAUUUUCUGAGUCCAAACAUAACAUCCUAUGCUCUGAAUUGAAGCAAUUAUAUGUCGCUGUUACACGUACAAGGCAAAGGCUAUGGAUUUGCGACAACACAGAACUAGCCAAACCCAUGUUUGACUAUUGGAAGAAGAAGUAUCUAGUACAAGUUAGACAGCUGGAUGAUUCGCUCGCAGAGGCAAUGCAAGUCGCAAGCAAUCCAGAGGAGUGGAGAUCACGGGGCAUCAAGUUGUACCAGGAGCACAAUUAUGAGAUGGCCACAAUGUGCUUUGAAAGAGCUCAUGACGCCUACUGGGAAAGAAGGUCUAAAGCUGCUGGCCUUAAAGCUAUGGCUGAUCGUAUGCGCAUUUCAAAUCCUGAAGAAGCCAAUUCAAUCCUCAGGGAAGCUGCUGAAAUAUUUGAAGCUAUAGGCAAGGCAGAUUCUGCUGCCAGAUGUUUUUCUGAUUUGGGGGAGUAUGAAAGAGCAGGUCGCAUUUAUUUGGAAAAGUUCGGAGAAUCUGAGCUGGUAAGAGCUGGCGAAUGCUUUUCUUUGGCAGGGUGCCAUGAGCUUGCGGCUGAGGUUUAUGCCAGGGGCAAUUAUUUCUCGGAAUGUCUGACUGCUUGUGCCACAGGAAAAUUAUUUGACAUGGGUUUGGAAUACAUUCAAUAUUGGAAACAACAGUCAACAAAGGAGGAUGGCGUUGCAAAGAGAAGCGACGAAAUAGAGAAAAUUGAGCAGGUGUUCUUGGAGAACUGUGCGUUGCAUUACCAUGAGAUCAAAGAUUAUAGAUCUAUGAUGAAAUUUGUUAGAGCUUUUAAUUCCAUGAAUUCAAUACGGAACUUCCUGAGACCAUUGGGUUGCUUCGAUGAACUCAUGUUAUUGGAAGAAGAAGCAGGGAAUUUUGUGGAAGCUGCAGACAUUGCUAAGCUAAAAGGUGAUAUACUGCUCAUGGCGGAUCUGCUUGGUAAAGCUGGGAAGUUCAAAGAAGGAGCUAAUCUUAUUCUGUUUCAUGUGCUUGGGAACUCCCUCUGGUCAGCAGGUAGCAGGGGCUGGCCCUUAAAGCAUUCUAAACUGAAGUGCGAGCUCUUAACGAAAGCGAAAUCAUUUGCCGUGAAUGAUACAGACACCUUCUCUGAGUUUGUUUGCACAGAGGCUGAUAUCAUGGAAAAUGAACACAGUGACCUGGUGACCAUGAUGAACCAAAUGAUCGCUUCUCGGAGACAUAAGAGUGUUAGAGGUGAGAUUCUAUCUGCUAGAAAAAUUCUGGACGUUCACCUUUCUUCGAAAGCCGACAAGUAUUUCUUCGAAAAGGAAUUGGUGUUUGAUCUUAGCAAGCAUUCUGAAGAUGUGAUUUCCAACACCCUGGUCUCGGCAGAAUCACUAGUCUACUUUUGGAAUUUUUGGAAGGACAAGAUCAUUAGCAUUUUUGAAUAUCUGGGAUGUCUUGAGACCCAAGAUGCCAGUGAAUUUAGAAAUUAUGGAGAAUUCUGUCUCAACUUUUUGGGUGUUUGGAGGCAGUUUACUAAUGCGAAUCCGAUAUAUCUUUUGCUCAGUUCUGAGGCUGAUUGGGCUAGAGAUGUGGAGAAAAGACCAAGUAGUGGAAAACUGGUUUCUCUUGAUGUUCACCAGUUGGUUUCUGCUGCUCGGAGGUAUUGGUGUUCGGAGGUGCUCUCUGUCGGAUUUAUGGUACUAGAAAAGCUCACAGCUCUCUAUUCCUGCCCUCAGAUCACAGAUUUACUAUUCUGCAGAAGCAGGAUUCUUACCCUCAUCCAUGAGGUUGCAAAAUUUAUUUUGGAGUCGACAUUUCUGAAGCUGAGACAUCAUGAUUCUGAAAACCUGUUAAAAUAUAUCAGAAUGGCAACUGACAGUAUUGUUGGUUACAUAUUCCCCAUGUGUUUUCAGAAAUCAUUGAGAGGGAACAUGAUUUUCCUCCGAAGAACAGACGCUUGUAAGAAUUUGCUGAAACAAGUCGCGGCUGAACAUGUCAAGAAGCCUAAAAAUACGUUAUCUUAUGGGGAAAUUGGCAGUAUUGCAAUGAUUAUUCUCGGAUCAGGAGAAAUCAAUAAUGAACUACAUGAGCAGAUUUCGAAAGUGUUGGACGGAAAUUCACCAUGGAAGGCAUUCUUUGAGAAUCUAUACCGGUUGAGAGGAUCAAACUAUCAAGGCGAUUCGACACACGCCUCUGAACCUAGAGUUGCAAGUGAAAUAACAAGCGAGGCACAUCUUGCUUGGAGCUUUCGAGAAGCUUUAUCAGAAGUGUUCAAUGUCAAUUGGAGGAUGGCACAUGACUACAUUUCUCCCGGCUGUUUCUUGUAUCUUGUUGAGCGCCUAUUGAUUUGGUCAUCUGUUUUUGCUGGUUCCUUUGUGGCCACCAAGUCCUUGUUUGUUGAAUGGCUAAUGUUCCAUGAGGAACAUACUAGCAGCACCAAGUCUAUUCCCUCGUCAGGAGCUGAUUCGCAAGCGUCUACACUCGAGUUCAUGAGCAGUGUAGUUCACCAAUGCCUUCACAACAAGCGGGAUAUGAUUGACUGGAUAAGAAAAUCUACCACAAGGGUGACUGGGUACUACUCUGUACUUGUGUUGAGAUUGGUUGUCGUAACAUGUCUACUUUAUGCCAAUUUUGGUCCGUGUAUAGAUUCGCUUCUCGGUUCGUUGAAAAAAGACUACAUAAUGGAGCAACUACCAUGGGAGCUUUCUGUUGCCCUGCAGAAAAUAAGGAAAAACCGGCCUCCAGAUUUAAAUGUGAAGUUGAUCGCUGAAGCUCUUAAGAGUAUCGGUAACCCUUUGGUUAUUGUGAGCUUGGGGGGGUAUUGUUCAUUCAGCUCGUGUCCGGAUGCAAUAUGUCUAAACAUGAAGGGAGAUUAUUGCAAGAAUGACAUCUUAAGAACACUAUUUCCGGAAAAUGUUGAGUCUCAAAAGGUUCCAAGUGGAGCUUCCGCUGUCAAAUCCGUUGACAAGGGCGAGUCGUCAAAGGUUUUCCAAGCUACUGGUGCUCCUCAAACACAAAAGAGCAGUCAAAAUAUUGAAAACAAGGAAGAGGACAACAGGAACUCCGAGUCCAAGGACAACAAAAAUGGUCAAGAAGUUGGUGCUGCUCAAAGUUCUCAGAGCAAGGGAAAAGGAAAUAACAAGCCAAAGAAAAACAAAAAGGGCAAAGGGGGACGUCAAAGAAGUAAAUAAUUGUUUCUUGAACUGCUUGCUAGUUAUAAGUUUAUCUGUAAUAUGAAUAUUUGCCUUCAGACUUCUACAAGAGAUAUUUAUGUUUUGUGUAUGCCAUUAUCUGUUAUUUCCUUAGUCUUGGCUUACAUUUUCACCUGUUCAGUUUUUAAGUGGGAAAUCAAAAAGUCUUU